AGGUGUUGUUGGCCAUUCUGCAGGGCACUUUAUCUCCGAUACCUGGUAUUGCUUCUGAGGUUUCGGGUGGCUUGGCGACCCGAGGCCCAGAUUUGCGCCAUUCCAUUUCGGGAUUCGGCUAUUUACUUCUCGCGCGUUUUAUGGCGCCUGCCGGGGUAAAGAUCGACUUCAACUUGGGAUGCCCAUCAUCAUCCAUCAUUCUCGCAACGACCGUGACGGAUAAAAACCUGAUCGGCCAGCCUAUUCCCGUGAAUGUGGUGAUAUGUUGUAUCCUGUGCAUUUCCUCCUCACUAAUCGCAUCAUGACUCUCCGCUGUUGAUGGCACCCACGUGGCAACGGCCGACGGUGACCUACGGACAGCCCACGACGCUUGAUGUUGCCCGCAAUCAGAAAUACAACGUCGUCCCGGUUGCAGGAACAAAACGGGGCUGUGACGAUAUUGAAAUAGCACCGCACGUGCAUCCUAUUCAGCAAAGCCUCUCAAUUCGACAAUUGCCCGCACAAACUACAUCUCCUCUCUCGCCGAGGCCCCGUGAACCACCUCCACCGCCACGUCUGCAGGCAAGCCGGAUUAUACCAGUCGAAACCGCGGACCACGGCCAGGCCAUCACUGCGUCGCGUCCUGUACCAUUGCCUCCAAGAAUAUCAUCCACUCCAGGCCCCUCACAAAACCCACUCCUAACACUUCGCCAUUCACGUUAUGGCUUACCUUCGAAGCUGGUCGACAACCUAGAGUCACUAGGCGUGCGCUCUAUCUACCCGUGGCAAUCGUCGUGUCUCUUAGGCAGAGGCUUGCUAGAUGGAGAACAGAACCUGGUCUAUACAGCUCCAACUGGUGGUGGCAAGUCUCUGGUAGCGGACAUCCUCCUCCUCAAACGAAUCAUCGAAAACCCCGGCAAGAAGUCUAUCCUGGUCCUACCUUACGUUGCUCUCGUCCAAGAGAAGCUGAAGUGGCUGCGCGCAUUGGUUGAUGGCGUGACCAAGAAUGUUGAAGACAUCAAAAAUGCCCAACCAGACCCAACAUGGCGCCGAUCCAGUACCCUGAUUCGAGUAGCUGGAUUUUUCGGAGGCAGCAAAUCGUCGGCGAACUGGUGCGACUGGGACGUGGCUGUAUGCACAAUUGAGAAAGCCAACUCAAUUGUCAAUACUGCGAUUGAGGAAGGCAAACAUGGCGAACUUGCGGCGGUCGUACUCGACGAGCUCCACAUGCUUAACGAUGAGCAUCGCGGAUACCUCAUGGAGCUGCUUGCCACCAAGUUGAUGUCUCUGGACACUGGCGUCCAGAUUGUGGGAAUGAGUGCAACGCUCCCUAACCCGCAACUCCUGGCGAAGUGGUUGAAUGCAAGAUUCUAUAUUGCAAAAUACCGACCAAUCCCCAUCGAGGAACAUCUGGUCUACGAGAACGAAGUCUAUCCGACAGCAAAUGCCAAAGAAUUCUUCAGAGCAGCCAGCCAAUUGACCGCUAAAAGCGUGGUUUCGACACCACAGCCAGAAGCCUGUAAAACCAUCAGCAAAUCUGACCACCAAGACCUGGCGAAUCCCAUGACCAACGCAGUCGUCGCCUUGUCCGUCGAGACUGCUGUCGCUGGCCAUGGUGCGCUUGUGUUCUGCAACAGUCGGAUGGCAGCCGAAAGGACUGCUUGCUUGAUCAGUGAUACCAUACCGGUCGAUGCUUGCGACCCACAGACGCAUGACAGGCGACAAGACCUGUUAGCAUCCCUCCGUGCGCUGCCUGGUGGAUUCGAAGAGUCCUUGCUGAAAACCGUACCCUGUGGCGUUGGGUUUCACCAUGCCGGACUAACCAUAGAAGAACGAGACCUGGUCGCGGACGCUUACGAUGUAGGUAUCCUCAAGGUUAUGGUGGCUACGUGCAGCCUCGCCGCUGGAAUUAACCUCCCCGCACGGAGAGUGAUCCUUAAUGGUGCCCGGAUGGGUCGCGAUCUGGUAGGGCCUGCAAUGUUGCGACAAAUGCGUGGUCGAGCUGGGAGGAAGGGCAAAGAUGAAAUCGGCGAGACAUAUUUGUGCUGUCACCAAUCAGAUCUUGAGGCAGUGGCGGAAUUGCUUGAAGCUGAGAUGCCGCCAGUUAUCAGCUGUUUGACACCGGAAAAGAGGGGCAUCAAACGAGCAGUACUUGAGGUUGUUGCUAUUCGGAUGGCCUCCAGUCGGGUCGCGCUAGAUCAAUACGUCCAUUCGUCCCUGCUUUGGCACACGACAGACCAUGCUGUGGUUGAAGAGCUGGUCGAACAUUCGAUCCGCGACCUACUGGCAUCCAAGCUGAUCCAAACGACCGAAUACGAGGGUUGUCUCGAACCCACCAAGCUAGGCUUGGCCGUUGUCGCAUCUGGCCUAAGUCCCGAAGAUGGUGUAUUUGUCCAUUCUGAAUUGCGACGAGCACUGGAGUCGUUUGUGAUGGAUGGGGAUAUGCACAUCUUCUACCUCUUCACCCCAGUGCAGACUGCUGGUAUGGGUGAAAUCUCUUGGUUGACAUUUCGUGACCAGCUGGAGAAUCUUGACGAAAGUGGAAUGAGAGCAUUGCGGCUGGUUGGAGUCAAUCCUGCAUUCGUCAAUCGCCUUGUCAAUAGUGGUGCUGAUUUGAAGGAGAAUACGUCAGAUGAGAUUCGUCUAGCCCGAAUCUACCGCCGGGCUUAUUCGGCUUUCCAACUGAGAGACCUCUGCAACGAAAUCCCUGUCCAUGAGAUCAGCGUGAAAUACAGUGUUCCGCGUGGACAAAUCCAGACUCUGGCUCAGACAUGCCACGGGUUCGCGGCGGGCAUGAUCAAGUUCUGCGACAGAAUGGGUUGGGGCAUGCUUGGUGCCGUGUUGGAACACAUGCUUGACCGACUCCGUGCAGGAGCGAGAGCAGAUCUUCUCGAAAUGGCCCAGGUUGCCUUUGUUAAGAGUCGCAUGGCGCGGAUCUUCUGGGAAAAUGGGUUCAAGAGUGUAAGAGCUCUCAGUGAAGCCGACCCUCAGACCUUGGUACCUGUCAUGAUGCAGGCACAAACCCGGAAGAUGAAGCUGGCCGGCGAAGCAGCCGAAAAGUUCAAAGACAAGUUGCUGGCUAGAGCCGAGAUCAUCGUCAGCAGUGCAAGUAGAGUUUGGGAGAGGCAACAGAUGGUGCGCUGGGAGGAAGAAUGAUAGGGACCUUGUCAGAGCACAAAGGACUGCUUGGGAUUGGUCCGAUGCUUCUGGGCAUCCCAGAUUGGUACCUUGCAUUAGCGAUCGCUCUGGUCUCUCCAGCAACAGCUGGGAUUUGCAGUACGAGUAGUCCUGUGCACAAGAUUCGAGUCUCAAGAAAAGAUUUCCUAGCACGGAUUGUGGUACAG